UGUUCCUUGAGUGCCCUCUCCCACCCUAGAUUUCGGGUAGGGAACAUGCCCCAAGCAAACGCACGGUCCGCAUUUGACCAGACAUAACGGGCCAUAGCCAACGCUGCCAGUGCCCUACUGAGUAUAGAUACCGUGCUGUUGGUCCCUCAGUGAGUGUUUGAAAUCUUGAUUUCUCUCCCAAACCCUGGCCCUACCGUCACCAGUCCUCAACCACCGCACUUCCCUCGUCGCAUCUCACCUACUUCACCGCUCCAACUUCCUCUCUUCAUCUCUCUCCUCAUCUCCAUCUUCAAAAUGGGCCUCGUCGAUACCACCAUCUUUGCUCUUUUAGGCGUCGCCCUCGUCUGGUCCAUCAUUGAAUUGGGUCUAUCUGCGUAUGCCGUCGAUGUCACCUGGAGAAGCAGUGUCGCCAACUCCCGAUUCGGCUUCCUCGUCUUUGCCUCGCUGUGGACCAUCUUGGUCACCGCCUUCUUCAUCUUCUUCCCCAUGUUCUCUCGCAGAAGUGGUGGCGGCGAGGCUCGCUGGAUGUCCCCAUUGACCCUGGCCUUGAAUGCGGUCACUAUGAUCUUCUGGUUGGCUGGUUUCGCCGCAGUCGCAGACAUGUACAUCAGUGCGCCUGGUGGUACUGCCGGCGCCAUCUUGGCAUUCGGUGUCAUGCUCUGGCUGAUCUUCCUCGCCCUUCUUGUUCUCAACAUCCUUGCUGCUUUUGGCAUCUUGCGCAGCGACCGCCUAGGACAUGGAAGAUUGACUGGUGGCAAGUCUGCGGCCCCCGCAGCCACUGUCUAAGACACAACCCCCGCAAGAGUCAAGUUGGAACUGGCUGCUGGUUCAUGCAUGGGAAGUGGUCAAGAAGAGCGAGGAUCAUCAAAACGACCAUGACACAUAGCAUUUCGUUUUUGUCGCAUGCGAUAUGCUACGGAGUAUUUCAUUUUGAUACCCAGGACAUUGAUUGGAGCAUAUGGGAGGUGGUACUCAUCCGGACUCGACGUCCAUUAAUGUAUGGAUUAUGACCAUAAACUGGGAUUUCCGAUGGCUUGCAGGCUCGGGGAUUGCAGGAGAUUGACAUUCUGCAUAGCAUAAUUACUGAGAUGAGACUGUAUAACACAGUGUCAUGUUACGAAACGGGUAGCAUCCGGGAUGUAUCAAGCAAAUGGUUAUUAAAAUUGAGUCAUG